AACCGGCUCAAAACACCCAGAGCAGCAGCAAGGGGCGGCGUAUGGGCCUACCACCGCCUACUACAGCUCUAGCCGCCCGCGGACUGUGUCUGUGUCUGUGUCGACGCUCCUCUCGUCCACGCCGCACGCCAUGCCAUCCAGCGCCAAGUACAAGACCCAACCCAGCACCUCCACCCGUGCAGCAGAACCAGGCAGCAGCAGCAGACAGGAGCGAGCACGCGCUCGCUUUCGCACUGCGCCGCCGCCUUGGUCCGCUCCGCUAUAUAUGCAGAAGAGGCUGAGCCGUGAGCCCACCACCACCACCACGACCACCACCGGAUAAACCCGUCGUCGUCUUCCUUCCCCAGAACAGAACCCCGUUCUGUGUGUGGUCUUGGGUGGGACGAGGCCGGAGCAGAUCGAGCCAAGAGACGAAAAGAAAAUGGCGGCGUUGCGCGCGGUGAAGGCGCUGUGCGGCGCGGAGAAGGAGUGGGUGGUGGGCACGCACAAGGCGCCCGGGGCGUGCCCGCGCUGCGGCGGCGCCGUGGUGGCCGUGGACGUGGAGAGCGAGCGGCGCGUCCUGGGCCUGCCGCUGUGCCUCAAGAGCAAGCGCAAGUACUCCUGCACCAAGUGCCUCCGCCGCCUCGUCACCCUCUACGGCUAGGCUCCGAAGGCGCACACACACCAAGUGCCGGCGGCGGGCCACGCUGAGGCUCCGUCCGGCGGUAGCUGGAUCUGGUCCGCGCGUCGAUCGACCUGCUAGUGCUAGGUGGUGUUGCUUCGGUCUUGGUUGAGGCGAAGACUAAUGUAAUGUGUUCUUAUAGCCGGUAGUAGGAAGCUAAUCAGUGAUUGUAGCUGCUUGUAAAUGUGAAUUGUAGCGGUAAGAAUAAUAGUUACUGCUAGCAGACA